GGUUGGGGUUUGAGAGGCAUUACUUUUUAUCUACCUCGCUUGCCGUCGUGCCUUAUCGGUUCUUUUUCUUUCUCUUCCAAAAAAAAAAAAAAAAUCUUCUCUUCCAUUACUCCUUCCACUGAAAGAGAGAAGAACCCUAAUUUUUUGGCUGCAAAAUGUCGGGGAAGGGAGCCAAGGGUCUGAUAAUGGGCAAAUCUGCCUCCAACAACAAGGACAAAGAUAAAAAGAAACCCGUCUCUCGCUCUUCCCGCGCUGGUCUCCAGUUUCCAGUGGGAAGGGUCCACAGGCAACUAAAGUCAAGGGUUGCUGCAAAUGGACGGGUCGGGGCUACAGCAGCCGUAUACACAGCAGCAAUCUUGGAGUACCUGACUGCAGAAGUGUUGGAGCUGGCCGGGAACGCAAGCAAGGAUCUGAAGGUGAAACGUAUAACACCAAGGCAUUUGCAGCUUGCAAUCAGAGGAGAUGAAGAGCUGGACACACUGAUUAAAGGAACCAUUGCUGGUGGAGGAGUGAUCCCCCACAUCCACAAGUCACUUAUUAACAAAUCCUCCAAGGAAUAGGCUGUCUGUUUUAUCUUCAUCUUACAGUUUAGUUGAGCGGUUGUCAUAAUGCUCAGUCAUGUUAUUGUCUGGUCUAAUCUAGUAGUGUCAUAUUAUCAAAUUCUACUUUUGUGAUGAUUACUUAUCCAUUUAGUAGUAGGGGGAGGAGAUAAGAAGAUAUUGCUCGUUUUGUAAGUUUAAUCUUUUUCAUUUUUCUGGGUUGCUUUGACACUGUCCAAUUCCAAUUUACUUACCGCCAAUGUAAUUGAUGACUUUGCAUUA